GGGGACAUGUCGGUGGCGACGGGCAGCAGCGAGGCGGCCGGUGGGGCCGGCGGCAGCGGCGCGCGGGUUUUCUUCCAGAGUCCCCGGGGCGGCGCCGGCGGCAGCCCAGGCUCGAGCAGUGGCUCAGGCUCCUCCCGUGAGGACUCGGCGCCCGUGGCCACGGCGGCCACGGCGGGGCAGGUUCAGCAGCAGCAGCGGCGCCACCAGCAGGGAAAAGUGACAGUGAAAUACGAUCGCAAGGAGCUUCGGAAGCGGCUGGUGCUGGAGGAGUGGAUCGUAGAGCAGCUGGGUCAGCUGUACGGAUGCGAGGAAGAAGAAAUGCCAGAAGUAGAAAUUGACAUUGAUGAUCUUCUUGAUGCAGACAGUGAAGAAGAGAGAGCUUUAAAAUUACGGGAAGCUCUUGUAGACUGCUACAAACCAACAGAGGAAUUUAUCCAGGAGCUGCUCUCUCGGAUAAGAGGCAUGAGGAAACUGAGCCCUCCGCAGAAGAAGACUGUGUAAUUCUGGCACAGGAUGGAACUCUCCCAGAGACGAAGAAGGGUCCUGGGAUUUGGGCUUCAUGAAGACAUUUAUUAAAGCAUAGUUGCCCUUAUGAGAAACUUUUUUUGGGGGGGGUUGUCUAUUAGACAUUUAUUCAAGAGUGUUCCUUUUUUGUUUUGGGAGUUUUUGUUAGUGUAAUAUUUUAAGAGCAAGAACAUCACGACUCUGGUUUCAGCCCAACCAGGGGUUAUCAAACCAGGCAGACAUGCAGGAAUGGGCUGAUCCGGGCAGCAUUUUCUUUGAGAAAUUGCAGGUUUAGGACCUAACUAUACAGGGUUGAUGGUUUUCUUACAACUAGUUUGGUAAUACUUUUUCUUAAGUUGUACGACUGUCUCAGAUGUCGAAUUUCUCGUACAUGUAUAUAUCUACACACGACCAAGUUAAAAUGUAGAUGUGAGUUUUAUUUCACAUUGAUGGAAUAAACUUGUGGUUGUCCUUUAAUUGGAGGUCACAGCACAUGGGUUUUCAAGAGGCCACUAGAUAUUCUUCAUGUCAUGUGACUGCUGCUGACCUUCAGCGUUCACUUUAUGCACCAAAGUGAAAGAAUUUAGUGUAUCCGUUAUUUUAAUGAGCUACGCCACAAAAAGUUGAGUUGGUCAAGGGCUUAAUUCAUGGACUUUAUAUUAUUUCAUUAAUUGGGAUGCUUUGCCAGGUCAUGUACUUCUUGCCUCGUUCGUGGUAUUUUAAAGUUUUAUGAACCCUUCAUUUGAAGAACUAUUUAGAUUUCUAGAGAAAUGCCCAUGCCAAGUGGUAUUUUGCAAUGGAAAAAGGAAGCACUGUGUAGCAAUUAACUCUCUGCUUUCAACCAAAUACUGUGUAUU